AUGAUUUUCUUGACAUUGAUUUUCUUGUCUUGUAAGGAUUUCUUCAACUACUCAAAGCUUAUGAUUCUUGAUGAUUAUCUUGGGAUGAUGGGAGUUCAACACACAAAACCUACUGUAUCACACAACUUUUUUGGCAGCUUUACAAAGUUGGAAUUCGGUAUAACUUGCAAUAGAUCCUUCGUAAUUCCAUCUCAUAUACUUCCUUACUUGAAGAACCUAAAAGAAUUGAAUGUGCAUAGCUCCGAUGAAGUGGAAAUAAUAUUUGACACUGAUGAGAUUGAGGUUGAGACAAAGGGAAUAAUAUUUGGUUUGGAAAAGCUUACCUUAAAACACUUGUCACAUUUAAAUUGUGUGUGGAAAGAAAAUCUCGAAGAAAUUGUCAGCUUUUCCAAUUUGCAAGAAGUGGAGGUUGAUGGUUGUGGAAGCCUAGUAACAUUGUUCCCUUUAUCACUUGCCAAAAAUCUUGGCAAGUUGGAGACACUUGAAAUACAGGAGUGUGAGAAAAUGGUGGAAAUAGUUGGAAGGCCAGAUGAAACGGAACAUGGAACGACAAUACUGAUUGAAUUCCCAUGUUUGUCAUAUCUAGUUCUUGAAAAGAUGUCACUAUUGAGUUGCUUUUACCCUGGAAAGCAUCAUCUAGAAUGUCCCUUGUUAGAUAGGUUAUAUGUGGAAUGUUGUCCUAAGCUGAAGGUAUUCAGAUCAAGCUUUGAUGAUGAUAGUAAAAAAGAAGUUUUAGAGGCUCCAAUUAACUUACAACAACCUUUGUUCUCGAUUGAAAAGGUAACGAAGUAUUAUAAUUUAACCUUUUGUGUUUCCGUAUCUCCCAAACCGGUGGGACUGACACUCAAUGAGGAAAACAUUAGGCUAAUGAGUGAUGCACGUUUGUCAGAAGACCAUCUUUGUAAAUUAAAAUAUCUUAUACUAUCCUUUGAGGAUGAUAACAAUGGGAAAGAUAGUUUGCCUUUUGAUUUCUUUCACAAGCUACCUAAUUUAGAAUAUCUUACAGUACAAAAAUGCUUCGGUCUGAAGGAGAUAUUUCCCUCUCAAAAGCUUCAAGUUCACGACAAAUUGACAUUGAUUUUCUUGUCUUGUAAGGAUUUCUUCAACUACUCAAAGCUUAUGAUUCUUGAUGAUUAUCUUGGGAUGAUGGGAGUUCAACACACAAAACCUACUGUAUCACACAACUUUUUUGGCAGCUUUACAAAGUUGGAAUUCGGUAUAACUUGCAAUAGAUCCUUCGUAAUUCCAUCUCAUAUACUUCCUUACUUGAAGAACCUAAAAGAAUUGAAUGUGCAUAGCUCCGAUGAAGUGGAAAUAAUAUUUGACACUGAUGAGAUUGAGGUUGAGACAAAGGGAAUAAUAUUUGGUUUGGAAAAGCUUACCUUAAAACACUUGUCACAUUUAAAUUGUGUGUGGAAAGAAAAUCUCGAAGAAAUUGUCAGCUUUUCCAAUUUGCAAGAAGUGGAGGUUGAUGGUUGUGGAAGCCUAGUAACAUUGUUCCCUUUAUCACUUGCCAAAAAUCUUGGCAAGUUGGAGACACUUGAAAUACAGGAGUGUGAGAAAAUGGUGGAAAUAGUUGGAAGGCCAGAUGAAACGGAACAUGGAACGACAAUACUGAUUGAAUUCCCAUGUUUGUCAUAUCUAGUUCUUGAAAAGAUGUCACUAUUGAGUUGCUUUUACCCUGGAAAGCAUCAUCUAGAAUGUCCCUUGUUAGAUAGGUUAUAUGUGGAAUGUUGUCCUAAGCUGAAGGUAUUCAGAUCAAGCUUUGAUGAUGAUAGUAAAAAAGAAGUUUUAGAGGCUCCAAUUAACUUACAACAACCUUUGUUCUCGAUUGAAAAGGUAUCUCCCAAACCGGUGGGACUGACACUCAAUGAGGAAAACAUUAGGCUAAUGAGUGAUGCACGUUUGUCAGAAGACCAUCUUUGUAAAUUAAAAUAUCUUAUACUAUCCUUUGAGGAUGAUAACAAUGGGAAAGAUAGUUUGCCUUUUGAUUUCUUUCACAAGCUACCUAAUUUAGAAUAUCUUACAGUACAAAAAUGCUUUGGUCUGAAGGAGAUAUUUCCCUCUCAAAAGCUUCAAGUUCACGACAAUGUACUUGCUGGAUUGAAACAAUUAUAUUUGUUCGAACUACCUAAGUUAGAGUCCAUAGGUUUACAGCACACGUGGGUACAACCAUACUCCAAAAUGCUUGAAUUGUUAAAGCUUCGCACUUGCCCUCGAGUAGAAAGCAUAGUUUCUUGUGAAGUGUCAUUCAUCAAUCUUACAAAGUUAUCUGUGAAGCUAUGUGAAAAGAUGGAAUAUUUAUUCACGUUUGCAACACUCAAAAGUUUGGUGAAACUUACAACUCUAAGCAUAAAGAAUUGUGAAUCAAUAAAAGAAAUUGUAAAAAAGGAGAAUGAAGAUGGUUGUGAUGAGAUAAUAUGUAGACGACUCAGAUCAAUUAAGCUGAAUUCCUUACCAAAGCUAGUAAGUUUUUAUUCAGGGAAUGCCACUUUGCAAUGCUCAUAUUUGAAAAACGUGAUGGUAGCUGAAUGUCCCAAUACGAUGACUUUCUCUCAAGGAGUCAUUAAAGUGUCAACAUUUCACGGCGAUCUUUACAAAACGAUCCAAAAGUUGUUUCCCAAUCAGGUAUCUCCCAAACCGGUGGGACUGACACUCAAUGAGGAAAACAUUAGGCUAAUGAGUGAUGCACGUUUGUCAGAAGACCAUCUUUGUAAAUUAAAAUAUCUUAUACUAUCCUUUGAGGAUGAUAACAAUGGGAAAGAUAGUUUGCCUUUUGAUUUCUUUCACAAGCUACCUAAUUUAGAAUAUCUUACAGUACAAAAAUGCUUUGGUCUGAAGGAGAUAUUUCCCUCUCAAAAGCUUCAAGUUCACGACAAUGUACUUGCUGGAUUGAAACAAUUAUAUUUGUUCGAACUACCUAAGUUAGAGUCCAUAGGUUUACAGCACACGUGGGUACAACCAUACUCCAAAAUGCUUGAAUUGUUAAAGCUUCGCACUUGCCCUCGAGUAGAAAGCAUAGUUUCUUGUGAAGUGUCAUUCAUCAAUCUUACAAAGUUAUCUGUGAAGCUAUGUGAAAAGAUGGAAUAUUUAUUCACGUUUGCAACACUCAAAAGUUUGGUGAAACUUACAACUCUAAGCAUAAAGAAUUGUGAAUCAAUAAAAGAAAUUGUAAAAAAGGAGAAUGAAGAUGGUUGUGAUGAGAUAAUAUGUAGACGACUCAGAUCAAUUAAGCUGAAUUCCUUACCAAAGCUAGUAAGUUUUUAUUCAGGGAAUGCCACUUUGCAAUGCUCAUAUUUGAAAAACGUGAUGGUAGCUGAAUGUCCCAAUACGAUGACUUUCUCUCAAGGAGUCAUUAAAGUGUCAACAUUUCACGGCGAUCUUUACAAAACGAUCCAAAAGUUGUUUCCCAAUCAGGUCAGCUGUGAUUUCCGCAUUGCAUUCUCAGACGCGGAGGGAACAAUGAUGAUACCAGUGUCAUGA